ACUCACAUACCCUCUCACUGGUGAAUCUACAGGACCACCUCCCAAAUCCACUGAUCAACGCAUCUGCUUAAGAAUGGGGUUCUUCUCAAGUGCCGGAAAAUGUCUGCUUAUUUUACUGAAUAUCUGCGUCACGAUUGUUGCCCUUAAUCUGCUGGUAUUCGGGGCGAUCCUAAAGUUUAACCCUGGCUUGCUGCUGCAAUAUGUGUUGCCGGCUGUACAAUCUGUCACCGCCUUCAAUACCUCCACAAACUUCAGCACCGUGCCAGUCAUCAGCAACAUCGGCCUGGCUCUCCUUGUCCUCGGCGCUGUCCUGUUCGUCAUCUCCUUCUUCGGCUGCUAUGGCGCAUGUUGCACCAACAGGAUUUUCCUCAUCAUCUUCUGUAUCCUGAUGAUCAUCAUGUGUAUUGUCGUUGCUGCACUGGCUGGAGUCCUCUUUGUCAGAGAUUCGCCCCUCAACACCGAAGGGAAGAAAGCGUUGCAGACACAAAUCUACAAUGACUACAAAGGACCACUCAGUGACGAUACCUUCUCAGUCAUGAUGGAUUUAGCAGCAUUCUCUCUCCAGUGCUGUGCCGCCACUGGGCCUACUGACUUUAACCCAAGUGCCUCCUGGAGGGCCUAUAGCAAGGGCAGUAUUACAGAAACGAUCGAUGCAUCGCCUUCCUGCUGUAAGAAGGGUGUUUUGGACAGCGACACAUCUCUCGAGUGCGCGAAGAAACAAGUGGGAGUUUUCGAUCCGACCAGGACUAAUACUCAGGGCUGCUAUGACAGGAUCCACGACCUAGUCGAGGAGAACAAGGUGUAUGUCGGUCUCGGGUUUGCCGGGGUGCUUCUCCUUAUGCUACUGGAAAUUGUAUUUGCAAUCAUUCUCAUCAGAAAGGAAACCAAGGACUCGAUGCUCGUGUAGGAUAACAAGCUGAUGAUUCGGAUAGUGUGCAGAAGAGCUCAUUGUCACCAGUGCUGUGAUAUGCUGUAUAUACUUAGGUGUCAGCCUUCACUUGACUGUAGUGUAUCUCACUGUCCUCUAUAAUGUUGACUUUAAUGCUGGUUGGCUAGUUCACCAUAAUUGUUCCAUUUGUACUUAUCAGCGCUAAGGGCCGCUAGCAACAUGAUGUCAUGAGAAUUUAUUGUUGUAUAAUAUUGACGAUGACGUCAUCUAUUUUUCACGACGUCACAUGAUUUUUUGGUCACAUGUCAUCGUACCCCAAUUGCGUAGAUCGAUGCUCACGGCGUCGAUUAUAACUAGCUAGUAAUGUGCGGCGUAAAACUAAACUCACUUACUCACUCACCGUUAAUGUUUGCAUCAAGACUGAGCGCUAAAGGUCCCUUCGCAAAAUGAUGUCAACUUAUUGUUGCAUAUUACUAUUAUUGACGAUGACGUCAACUAUUUUUCACGACGUCACGUGAUUGUUUUUGUAACGUCGCUUCAACAUCAUCUUUUCUGAUCUGACGUUCUAUUCUAUUGUCAGGAAAGCCAUAUGUUUUUGUACAUGUUCACAAAAAAUUGUCUAGGUAAUUCACCAAUUAGCCUACAUGACGUCCGUUCUCGAAGAUAGUUUAUCAUUCAUAUAAUAUUUUGUCUUUCACAGCUUAAUUUGACCAACCAGAAUAUGCAUCAAUACACGUAUACAUAAUUCUUUAUGCAAAAUGGGAGCGUUGUACCA